CCUUAUCACACUUCACACAUAAAUAAUGCGCCCCCCUAAAGCUAAAACUCCACUCAAUUUUCUCCCCUCUCUCUCUCUCCCCCUCAUCAUCCCAUCUCUUUAGAGAGAAAGAAAGAGUAGCCCGAGGCUGCUUCUUAGCUCCCUCAAUCAAAAUGAUGAAAGUGGUGUUGAAGCUGGAUUACAAGGAUGAAAAAACGAAGCAAAAGGCGAUGAAAAAGGUGUCAAGCCUUGACGGAGUGGAAUCCAUCUCGAUAGACAAGGACCAGAAACUAACGGUGACAGGGAGCAUAGACGCGGUGUCAAUUGUGGGCAAGCUGAGGAAGAUCUGCAACACAGAUAUCGUGUCUGUGGGCCCAAAGGAGGCGGAGAAGAAGAAGGACGAUGGGAAGAAAGAUGAGGGCAAGAAAGAUGAUAAGAAGGGCGGCGGCGAUGACAAGAAAAAAGAUGAUAAUAAGAAGGGCGGCGGCGAGGACAAGAAAAAAGAUGAAGCGGCGGCGAAGCCAGCUGUUCCAGUUCCACAGCAAUAUUAUUAUUACCAUCAACAACAACAUCCUUAUUAUCAUCAACAACAACAACAUCCUUAUUAUAAUCAACAGUACCCACAGCCCUAUUCCCAUCCUGCAGCGUAUUAUAACAACUCCUAUGGCUACAAUAACAGGACUGUGGAAGAAGAUCCAAACGCCUGUGUUAUUUGCUAAUUUCUGCAGAUCCAAAUUUAUCUUAUAUAAUGCAGAUUGUCUUAAUUUCUCUCUCAAUCUCUUUCUGUUUGUUUAUAUUCUUAAAUUUUGCUACGAUGAUUUUUUAUUGAUAUGAUUUCAGUUCUGAAGUUUCAUCGCCCUGUUGAGAGAACAUGUAGCAGUAGAAAAAGUAAAAUUCUGGGGUGGAAAUAAAAGCAUUAUGAAAUACUGUAAAAAAUAUCGAGUUUUCAUGAACAGUUCCUUUUGCAA